CAGAUUUAAACUCGCUUCAUAAAAUGGUUCGUUUAAUUAUACACAACGUACCUAUCGAUUUUCCCUAUGAACCAUACCAGUGUCAACUAGUUUACAUGGAAAAAGUCAUAAUUUCUUUAGAGAACAAAUGCUUUGCCCUUCUUGAAAGCCCCACCGGGACCGGUAAGACUUUAUGUCUACUAUGCGCAACCUUAGCUUGGAGAGAAUAUAAAAAGCGACAAAAAAUUGAACAAAUUGACAAAGUUUAUAGAGAUAUUCUACGGAUUAUAUACACUUCUCGAACUCAUGCGCAACUAUCCCAGGCCGUUAAAGAAUUCAAGUCUACGGCUUACAAUUCGAUUUGUAUUUCUGUGAGAGGUUCAAGGAAUCAACUAUGUAUUCACGAAGGCAUAAAGAAUAUUAAAAAUCCCUUUCUACAAAGAAAGAAAUGCACACAACUCCUUUCGCAAUCCGGCUGUCUUUAUCGAAAUAAUAUUGCUUCAAAGACGAAAGACUAUAAAAACUUGUGUAUGGAUAUUGAAGAACUUGCCUUUAUGGGCAAGAAGGACAGCGUGUGUCCCUAUUAUAUGUCUAAAGAACUGAGUGACGAAAGCGAGAUUAUCUUCAUGCCUUACAACUACGUUGUUGACGCCAACAUACGAGCUCAGCAGUCGGUCGACAUCGAUAAUAGCAUUAUUAUUUUUGACGAAGCACACAAUAUUGAUAAGAUCUGCGAGGACGCGUGUUCUGUUGAGCUUCCGCUUUCCACUUUUGCCGGUUUGCUCAACUCCGUAAAAGCAGCUGCGCGUUAUAUUAAGCAGCACCCUGCUCCAGCCGAUUCACACUUGAUGUCGAUAUCGCUUGUUGGAACAUUUGCUCACAACUUUGAGCUAGCGCUAGAGCACAUAACUUUGUUUGACCCGAAGGCGCCCACCUUUAUGGACGGAAGCUAUUUGUAUGAGCUACUGGACCGCAGUUGUGGCCUUCGUUAUGACUCUGCGCGCGAGUUUCUUUCCAGCCUUGAGUGUGUUUUGUCUCUUCUGGAAGGAAAUCUUGAAGGAACCGCGCAAAGAGACGGGUCAGCUCCUUUUGGCCCGGACAGCGGCAGACAGAGGCAAUUCGAUGCUCUCUUUCGCAUUAUGGACUUUAUAGAAACUUUAUUUUCGGAAAAGAUGAAAAAUACGGAGGAAGUGGCCCUCAAUUUUAAAGUUAUUCUUCACGCGCAAGAAAAGGACGAUCUUCUUGUCGGCGACCGUAGCAAAUGUUCAAGGGUUCUUUCAUUUCUUUGCUUAAACUCUAAAUUUGCUUUAAAAGAUAUUUUGGGGACGUCCCACAAUAUUAUUAUGACUUCCGGCACUCUUAGUCCGCUUGCUGCGUAUACCACCGAGUUAAGUUUGUCGGCCUUCCUCACUUUAGAGAACCCUCAUAUAAUCCAAAAAGAACAGUUGUGGGUCGGAGCUUUCUCCUGCGGCCUUAAGGGCACCCUCCUGAAGAGCACCUUCCGGACAAGAGACGACGUACAAUAUGUGCGUGAACUUGGAGAGUCUAUUGUUUGUUUAGCAAAUGAGAUUCCAGCUGGACUUUUGAUUUUUUUCCCAACAUAUGGAGUGAUGAACAACUGCGUCCAGACGUGGAAAAAGAGUAGCGAAGGACUUAACAUUUGGGAAGCGUUGAACAUGAUGAAGCCCGUUUUUGUUGAAAGCGAAAUCCCUGCGGAAUUUACUGCCGCGCUCAGAUCCUACUUGCAAGCCGUGGAGUCCCGACGCAAUGGCGCUUGCUUUCUUGGUGUCUUUCGCGGGAGGCUCAGUGAAGGUCUCGAUUUCACUAAUAGCAGGGCGCGGGGCGUUAUUAUAGUCGGUCUCCCGUACCCUCCCGUUUACAGCUAUAAGGUUCUCUGCAAGAGACGAUACCUUGAUCUAUACCGUUCCGCUCGGGUAUCUGGAAGUGAGUGGUACAAUCUCGAGGCAAUAAGGACAGUCAACCAAGCCAUCGGGAGGGUAAUCAGGCACAAGACGGACUUCGGAGCUGUUGUUUUGCUGGACUCUAGGUAUACAAGCGGCACAGUCAUUGGUAAACUGUCCAAGUGGGUCAGACCCCACAUUCGCUGCUUCAAGACUUUUGAGGGCGUGUCCGAGACCCUGCGGGGUUUUUUCAGCACGUUCCGGUGCGAGGGAUCGAUGUAUAAACUCAACGCGCUUCCUAAUAACCUCAGCGGCUUGAACUCAAAAGUAGAAAACCCUAUACCACGCCGGGCACGUUUUACUGGCAAAAGGCCAAAGCUCAUUAUACAAAAGGAGAACUACGAAUGCACAUUAUAUAGAAACGAACAUUUAAAAGCAGUGCACUACGCCAGUAUGGACAGCAAGAGGAGUCUUUAUGCCGAUCUUACUGGAACGACCCAACUUGAUCAGUGGAGCGGCAGCAGGUGUGCUUCCGCACGAAGCCUGCAACGGCUCAAUAAACCGAGUUUUUCGCAGAUGCUGCUGAAUGAGGGUCCAGAAAGGGAUCAGUGAAUAAACCGCUUAAUCCGCGAAUUUACUUA